ACAUUGGGCCUCGCGGCAAACCCUAAUUUGUCCCUCCCUCUAUCUCACCCAAAUCAGUGUUUCGUACCGCGUUCGCGAUCUCGCUCUCCCCCUCGCUACGAUUCCAAUAAUGGCCACGUUUGGCGAAGAAACGAAGACGGCGACGGCCACCACACCUUCCGCCGCCUAUGAAGCCGGAGGAGCGGGAGGAAAGUUUCGUAAGAAGCCGUUUCGGAGGGCGCAGGCAACGCCUUACGAUCGCCCUCCCACUUCCCUUCGAAACCCUAGCUGGCUUUCGAAGCUCGUCGUUGACCCUGCCUCCAAGCUUAUUAACGCUGGCGCCCGAAGAUUUUUCGGCUCAUUAUUUCACAAGGCUCUACCUCCUCCUCCUGCACUCCCUGCUAUCUCUGCUCUACAACUCCCAGAGACACAACAAGAUUCAAGGAAUGUCCAUCAGGCCUCAGGUCCAAAUAGUCAUGAUGGAGUUCUCAAUCACGAAAUACAAAAACGUGUGGAUGCUGCUAAUAAUGUGGAGGGCAGUGCAUUCUCUGAACUUGAACAAUUGUUGAAACAGAAAACUUUCAGCAGAUAUGAAAUUGAUCGAUUGACAGAAUUAUUGCAUUCAAAGGCUGCGGAUUCUCCUCAUGAGGAUUCUGGCAAUGGAAUUGGUGUUUCUAAAUCAGCUUCAGAUGCCUCAAAAGGACUACUGGGAGAUAAUAAGCCUGAGAGGGUAGUUCCUCAUGGAGUUGCUUCAUCUUCUAUGAUCAGCAAAAAAAUACAUGACGAUGAUGUUGCAUCUCCUGCUGAGCUUGCAAAGACUUAUAUGGGCUCUAGGCAGUCUCAGGUCUCACCGUCUGUGCUCAGUUAUCGCAGUCAAACAGUGAGAGAAGUGGUGCCAUUUGUUUCACAAUCACCCACCUCAUCAUUUACAAAAAGGCCCAGGGUUACUGAUAAUGGUUUUGCCACUCCAAAAUCUCUUGGUAGAUCUGCAUUAUACAAUAUGGCGCGUACACCAUAUUCCAGAUUACGGCCAACUGAUUUUCACAAGGGUGGGAGCUCUACUCAUAACUACCUAAAUGCUGGGCCUUCAUCGUCUACGCUGGAGCAUGAAGACAUGUAUGGAUCUAAACAACUGUCCCUGAAACGAAGGAGCUCUGUAUUAGAUGGUGAUGAUCUUGGAUCGAUUGGACCCAUUCGCAGAAUUAGGCAGAAAUCUAAUCUUUCUUAUAAUAAUUAUAGCAAUAAUAGUGGUAGUUCCCUUCAUACCCGGGGAACUGGAGCUAUUUCUGCUGUUGCUAAAAACCAUCAAUUGUCAACCAGAACUCUAGAAAAAAACAAGGACACCGCAACUCCUAGCACAAGUCGUUUUAUUGUACCUACUAAGUCAAGUGAGACAGCUGCAAAGAUAUUGGAAGUUAUUAAUAAACUUUCUCCGAGGGAGAAGGCAUCUGAAUCCAAGCGUACUGCAAUGAAAGAUCAUAAAUUUCCCACUCAACUGACAAAAGAUAUGCUUCAUGGACAAGCUCUUAGAAGCUUAGAGCCUCUGGAUUCUUCAAGGUUACUUCAGACUGCCCAAAUUAUGGCUGCAACUGAUAGUCAAGCCAAGCCGAUUAUACCUGAUGGUGAUAACUCUACCUUGCCAAAGCUGCGCAGUGUAGAAGAAAACCAGCCAGAAAAGUAUGUUGACACUCUAAGCCAUGUAGCUAGAAGCAACAUGACAUUUUCUGAAAGAGAUGUUACAGUAGAUGCAGAUUUGGUUUGUCCAAUGCCUAUAGUUCCUUCACCUCCUCAGGAGAAACGCGCUUUUAAAAUGAAUGCAUUUGAGGAUUCUUAUGAGAUGAAUGAUGACCAAGUAUCAUCCGGCUUUGCAUCGAACCCUUUUCUUGAGGGUAAUGCGAAGCAGGAGAUGGCUCAUAGUAAUAGCAAGUCAGAUUCCCCUGAAGCACAAUUUCAACAUAAAACUGCAUCUCUUCCAGAACAUAAUACGCCACAUGGGGUUUCAAGCAAAAAGAUCCAUGAGGAGAAUCCCCGUAAUGAUACUGCUGGUAUAGGCUGCACUGAUUUCUCUACCAGUGCAGAUGUUCAUACUGCUAAGCCAAAGAAUGCAUUUGGUACUGCGACCGAAGGGUCCAAUUUGACAUUGCAUGGAUCGGAAUUGGAAAUCUUGAGCAGCCCAAAUAACUAUACUUCUGAUGCAACUUCUAUGUCUUCAAAACUUCCUGGGGGUGAUAAAUCACUAAAGAUUGGCAUCAAUGGCAAAUUAGACUCAUCCUAUGUUGCAUCAACAUCAACAAUUGCCACAAAUUCUCUGUUUGCUACUCCUUCCAACAACUUAAGUAAUGGAAAAGUGUUUUCUUCUGUAUUGGCUGCGAAUGACUCUGAAAGCAAUGCGAUUACCAGUGUUUCAGACCAGACUGCCCCUUCUAUGAGUGCUUCUGCAGCAACCAAUGUCGCAACGACCUCUUCAGUUUUUGGGUUUGUUGGUUCUUCUGUGUUGUCUGCAACAACCUUUUCAGCAUCAACUUCUUGCAACACAGAAAACCCAGAUUUGAAAGCGAUAUCAGAUAAAGUUGAGAAUGGUGGUAGCGGCAUUGAAAACCUGAAGAGUUCAACAAGUUUUUCAGGCAUGUCAGGUGCCACUAAUACAAAUAACAUUUUCGGAACUGAUACCUCAGCCAAACUGUCUAUUACCGCCCAACCACAAGGUUCUUUUUUUAGCAGUGGAGGAGAUUCUGUUGCUAGUGCAAAGUUCUUGCCGGGAUCUGGGGAUUCUAGUAGUGCUCCACAGACAAUAUCCUCUCAGUUUGGUUCACCCAAACCAUCUGAAGGGUUUGGUAAUCCAGCAGGGGUUAAUACAUCAUUCAGCUCAUUUACAUCCAUUGCUCCUGCUGACUCUAAGCCAUUUGGAUCUGGGCCAACUGCAGCAGAGAGCAAUAAGGUGGUACCUAACAGUAUUUCUUCCUCCAUAUUUGCCUUUGGUAAUACAAGCAAUGGAGUUACUUGUUCUACACCCAGUUUCGGGGUGAGCUCUGUAUCCACAGCUCCAGAGACUCUCAGUGGUACCAUACCUCCAUCUUCCAGUAAUCCGGCCUCCACAACCUCUAGUCAUGGUAGUGGUACUGUGGUUUCCACUUCAUCUACUACCGCACCUGCGAUGUUCAGUUUCAGUGCCAGUUCUGUGUCUCCUUCCACCACUGCUGGGGUGUUCAGUUUUGGCGGGAAUUCCACACCUUCCUUCCCCAGCACCACAACUCCUCCGACAGUCUUCGGUUUUGGUGGCAGUUCUGCAGCAUCGUCCAGCACCUCCAGCACUCCUGGAAUUUUCAGUUUCGGCAGCAGUUCAGCUGUGUCCUCUUCAGGCACUACCGCUCCUACAGUUUUCAGUUUUGGCAGCAGUUCCACACCUUCCUCCUCCAGCAAUACCACUCAAGCAGUGUUUAGUUUUGGCGGCAACUCUGCAGCGUCCUCCAGCAACAGCACUCCAGCACUGUUUGGGUUUGGUGGUGGUUCUGGAUCUUCCUCUUCGAGCUCCACAACCACCACUACGUCUAGUGUGUUUGGUUUGGGUGGCAAUUCUGGUGCUUUCUCUUCAGGAAGCAGUGCUAGUCCUGGUGGUGUAUUCAGUUUUGCUGCCACUUCUGCAAAUAAUCCAACUUCUACUGGAACAUUCAAUUUUGGUGCCACCUCUCCAUCUGCAGCAUCAUUUGGUUCUUCCCCAUCAUCUAUCAGCUUCACAACCUUUGGUGCCUCGUCAUCUACUUUUUCUACACCUAAGACUGUACCAAGUCUUUUUGGAUCAUCCCCUGCAUCGGCUGCCUCAGGUAGUCUCCCUGUGUUUGGAUUUGGAGCGGCUUCUUCUGCUACCCCUUCACAGUCUGUAUUUGGAAAUUCCACCCCCUCUUUCACAGCUUCUCCCAAUGAUCAAAUGACGAUGGAGGACACCAUGGCUGAGGAUCAUUUGCAAUCAGGGUCCACACCGGCACCAGUUUCGGUAUUUGGUCAACCUCCCUCUAAUUCUCCUGUCCCCAUUAGUCCAUUUGUGUUUGGCACACCCAAUCCGUCUCCCAACCCUUUUCAGUUUGGGGGUCUGCAGAAUCAAGGAGCUCCAACACAGAAUCCACCCCCCUUCCAGGCAUCAGGGAGCUUAGAGUUCAACGGUGGUGGUGGCAGCUUCUCAUUAGGCAGCAGUGGACCUUCUGACAAAUCUGGUCGUAGGAUAGUGAAAGUUAACAGGAGCAAGAACAGAAAGAAGUGAAAAUGAGCAGUAAUGAUAAAAGUCCUCCAAGACUAUGAUUGCUUUUGUCGACAAGAGUUUCAAUCGAAUCGUUGUCAGGUAUCUAUCCUUGUAACUCUCUAUUUUUUUGUUUAAAUAGCAAAAGCAGCAGUAUGUAGGUGUAGUAGAUGUAACCAUUUUUGCGUUAAAUGCCAUUUUGUGAACAAUACACAAGAGGAAAGGCUGUUGUAUGAGUUGGUUGUAAUACAUUUGGAUUCUCUCAUGUCAAAUGUGUACCCAUUUCAGUCUUUGCUACUAUAUCAUUACAUGUAAGCAUAAAAUAAAGAAGUAUAUUGCUUUGUUUGUU